AUGGAUGAGAUGACGCAAGAGUGGGAAUCGCAGGCGGAGGAAGAGCCCGAAUGGGAAGAGGAAGACUGGUUCGAGGACCUUGAUUCUUUUUCAGAUAUCAGCUUCAGCAGCUGCCGUACACCAUCCACGACAGCUUCAAGUUGUGACCAUCCCUGCGAGCCGCAGAUGCAUGGAGAGCGCUCAAAUGUUUCGAAGCGCUGGGAUGAAGCCAUCGGGCGGGCCGACGUGAUGGCCAAGCUGUACACGAAGUCUACACAGAGUGGCGAGAAGCGCGAGCCCAAAUCCAAGGAAAAGAAAGUCCCAGACAAGCUUAAGAUGCUGGCAGGAAGUCUCCGAAACAAGCACAACGUGAAGCUCUUGGAGCAAAGUUUAGCUGAUGGCAGACAGGAUUCUCUUCGGAGCUUCCAGAUGGAGUUUCUAGAGCAGUUCUCGCCAGCCAUUUGCUCCGGAUUGCGUGGGAUCUUCCGGAACGAGAUCAUGUUGCGCGCCACCCCUACGAACAAGAGUGUUUACGAUCGGUUCAGGGCGCAGAUUCAGAAGAAGGGCAGCAACCUCUGUCCUGUUUUCCAUGGCACCAACGAGGCAAACCUUCCAUCGAUUUAUGCAAAGGGACUGCUCGUUCCCGGGGGUGAGCAGGGCGUUCGCGUCGCUCAUGGGGCAUCCCAUGGCAAUGGCAUUUACACUGCGAAGACGCAGAACCCUGGGUUGUCCUUCGGAUUCUGCCGGGGUUCCACAAGGCCGAUGCUGGUGUGUGGGGUGUUGGACGAUGCAGUUCCGCUUGCCAGGAAGUACCUCCUCGGGAACCACUACGUCACGGCAGAGUCGCAACAUGUGCGUCACGUGGGAGAUGCCAUCGUGGUCUUCGAUGAGGGUCGGGUGAUUCCGCUCUUUGAAGCCUGGGACCCAGGGCUCCACAGCACAGAGCCCCUGGUUGCGGCCGCUGCGCCGCCGCCUCCGCCGGCGCAGCCUCGGCUCCAGCCCUCUUUGCCUCCGGCGAAGGUCUACAAGGGUGGGCCGAAGACCCGGCUUCAGCCGAAGCCAGCGACGCGGGAGGAGAGAGUGAGCGCCUUUCUUCACCGCCGCGCUUCACGCAUACGCUCCGGGUGA